AUGAAAAAAGGACCAACAGAAUAUAUUCAACAUACUCUUUUAGAUUAACUUCCAGUAAAGUUUAAAAUAUGCUGCAUUAAUGAUUAAAAAAAAGUCUUGAGAUACUUUUUUAAUGACGAAGAUGGUAGCAGUAAAUUAGAAAAUUUGGAAGCAAUGGUAACAGCUUAAUUAGUUGUAAAUGAAAAAAAAAUAUAGCCAGCAUAGCAAACACUAUUUAUUGAUAGGAUGCUUUUUGAAUAGAAUAUUAUUUUUAAUUAUAAGUACAAAGAUUUGAGUUAUAAUUCUAUUAUUGCAAUUACAUUAUGGUGUUCCCAAAAAAAUAAAGAUGAAAAAAAACCUUUGGGAUGCACAACUAUAAGUCUUUUUGAUGAUUAAUUUCGUUUGAGAUAAGGGAAAUAUCAUUUAUAUAUAUGGCCAGAUACUCUACCUGAUACUUCUUAUACUUCUAUAACUCCUGGAUUAGUGACUGAUGAUAAUAUCAAGUAGAUCAAUUUCUCACAUUAAAAAACAGAAUAGGCCUUUACAAAUGUAAAUAAAUUUCCAUAAAAGACUGGCUCAUCUAUCCAUAGAAACUAACUUAAAGAAUAGCUUGAUCUUUAAAAAAUUUAUGCUUUUCAAAAGAUCCCUAGUGCCUUCCUUGAAAUAGAUUUUCCAAAUUUUGAAACAUUGGUGCUUUACCAAGAGCCAGAAUACAUAAUUGAUAAUGAUUUAAGUUCUAAAGAAAUAAACAAUUCUUAAUCUAAUUCAUCAACAAAUUCCAAUCAAUAAUCACUUACUGGUGGUAAAUCUUCUAAGUUUUUUAUAUAAGAAGUAGAUUUUUCAGAAUGCGUAGUUACAUCUGAUUUUGAUUAUGAGAAUCGUAAAGAUGAUUUAAUUUAAGAGCAAACUGCCCUUAUUAUUAGAGAAGAUGAAAAUCCUUAAUAGCUAAAACCAUCUAAAAAUGAAUUACAAAUUAUAGAAAAUUCAAUAAAAAAACCCAUUUUAGGCGAAUUGAAGCAAGAUGAGAAGCUCUUAUUUUAUAGAUUUAGAUACUCUUUGGUUUAGAAUCCUGAGGCCUUAGUAAAGUUUUUGCACUCAAUUAAUUGGGAUAACUAAAAAGAAUUAAAUGAAGCUAAGAAAUUAUUGAAAAUUUGGGCAAAAUGCUCAUACGGAGAUGCUUUGCACUUACUUUCAAGCUCAUUUUGUGCAAACGAGUUCUAUAAUAAAAAAUAUAAAAAGCCAUAAGAUACUGCAAUAUAUAUACGUAAAUAUGCUUGUGAAUAACUGGAAAAAGAAUAAACAUCAACAAUUUGUUCAAUUCUAUUGUAGCUUACACAAGCUUUAAGAUAUGAACCUUUUGAUUAUUAAAAAAGUCAUCUUGCUUAAUUUUUAGUAAAAAAGGCAUGCGAAAACACAGAAAUAGCUACACUGUUUUAUUGGUAUCUUUUAGUCGAAUGUGAUAAAGAAAUGGACUUAAAAGAAAAAGCAAAACUUAGUUCUACUAACUAAAAAGUGUAGGAAUGGUUUAAUUAAGUAUUUGAAAGGAUGAAUGAAGAAUUGGAGGAAAAAUGUGAAGAAAACCAUUAAGUUUUAAGUCUUUAGUCAGAAUUUAGAUAGAAACUAAGACAAAUUGUCGCUUCUAUGGCUAAAAAAGACAGAACUUAAAAAAUAGAAAUUAUCAAAAAAAAGCUUGCAUCAGAGGAAUUUAAAAGACCUAACUUUAAAGAACAUCCUUUUUGUUUAAACCCAAAUUUAAUGAUUGUAGAAUCAAUUCAUUAGCAAUCAACUGUUUUUAAGAGUGCUAUGGCUCCAAUAAAAAUGACAUUUACAUCUUACCCAAUUGGUUAAAAGGAGAAGGAAGGCAAAGUAGAAAUGAUCUAUAAGAACGGUGAUGAUUUGAGACAAGAUUAGCUUGUUAUGUAAAUAUUUAACCUCAUGGAUGGAUUACUUAAAGGAGUUGGUUAGGAUUUCAGGCUAAUGCCUUAUAAGGUACUUGCAUGUUCAAAAAACGAUGGAUUUAUGGAAUUCGUGCCUAAUUCUACUACUAUUUAGGAUUUGCUAAAAGGAGGCAAGUAAUUUUCUUAGUAUUUGUAAAACUUAGCUGCAAAUCCCGAAAAUCCUAUAUACGAAGAAUACAAACGCUUAAGAAUGUAAAAUGAUGAAUAAGGAAAGCUAAGUAAUAUAGAAUAUGUCAGUCAAAAAAUAAUGGAAAAUUAUAUGCUCAGUUGCGCAGGUUAUAGUGUAAUGACUUAUUUCUUAGGUGUGGGUGAUCGUCACUUAGAAAAUUUGAUGGUUGAUAUUACAGGAAAAUUUUUCCAUAUUGAUUUUGGGUUUAUUCUAGGACAAGAUCCUAAACCUUACCCACCACCUUUGAAAUUAUGUAGAUAAAUGAUCGAAGGUAUGGGAGGAAAGGAUAGUAAAGUUUAUGCAGAAUUUAGAAAGAAAUGUGUACAUGCUUACAUAUAUUUAAGAAAAUAUGCUAAAUUGAUUGUAAAUUUAUUCCAUUUAAUGAUAGACUCAGGUAUUAAGGAUAUGAGUAUUGAAGCACUCGAAAAGUUAGCUGAGAAAUUUUACUUGGAUUUCAACGAUACUCAAGCAGAGCUGCAUUUCUUGAAUAUUUUAGAUGAAAGUGAAACAGCUCUUUUUGCUAGAGUUACAGAUAUGAUUCAUAAAUGGGCCACUUAUUGGAGAGCUUGA